UCAGGCUGGUGGCGAGUUACCUGGGCGCCGAGGACACGGUUGCUGAAGCUUCCAGGAGAGAGCGGUGUGAGCGCCGGCCACGUGUCGCUGUGCCCGUCCGCUCUCUGGAAACCCAGGGCCCUCCCCCUGAGGCCGGCGGUCCGGCAGGAGAGGCGGCCACAUGGAAGCUAGGCGGGGAAGACAUCUGGUUUGAUGACGUCGACCCGGCGGACAUCGAGGCGGCCCUGGGCCCGGAGGCAGCCCAGAUAGCAAGGAAGCGACUGGGGCAGAGCGAGAGCAGCAUCGCGCUGGUGAAGGAGCAGGCCUUCGGCGGCCUCACUAGAGCCUUAGCCAUAGACUGUGAGAUGGUGGGCGUGGGCCCCGAGGGGGAAGAGAGCGUCGCCGCCCGCGUGUCCAUCGUGAACCAGCAUGGGAAGUGUGUUUACGACAAGUGCAUCAAGCCCACCCAGCCGGUGACGGACUACAGGACGGCGGUCAGCGGGAUACGGCCGGAGAACCUCAAGCAGGGUGGGUCCUCCCUG